CCACGCGCAUCGUGUAACCAAAACAAUAUGGCGUCCAACAGUUGUCAAAAAAUCGAAAUCUAUGAAUUUAACUUAAUACUGACGAACUGCAAUGUUUAAAAAUGAACAAGAAUGUAAAGAACAUUUGAAACGCGAGGAAGGUUUACUUUUAUGACAACAAAAUGCUCGGAGGUGCUUAUUCUACCCAGUUCAAGAAUAUUGAACGUCAGCAUGUGGACACAAUAAAAACGCUGGCAGUAAAUGAAAAGUCUGAUGCUAUUGCAAGAGCAAGGAAACUCUCAGUGGAAACAAACAGACGUAGAAGAGCUCUGGCCAUAAAGAGAAAGUCAGAAGCUGAGCGUGAAGAGAAGAGGCGUCAACAGAUCCUGGCAAAACGUAGAGAGAAACAGCAAGAGGCAACAGAGAAGUUCCAGAGAGGACACAUACAGAGUAGGCCAGGCAGCGGGUCAAGCAGUGGGAGAUGGUCACCAAGACGAACAAACAUACACACACAACUAGAUGAUGCCCUUAAAAUUGUCCGAGGUAGUCCAGCCAGUUCUCGGGCAAGUUCGGCUCGAACCCGCAACCAAUCUAGUCCGAAUACCUCCUUCUACAGACAGAACAGUGAUCCACUAAGUAAACCAUACUUCAAUAAGUAUGCCCAUCCUUCAGUCAAUAAUGGAGGACACAGCAUUCAUUCUACACACAGUACACAUCAUAAACAGGAAGAACUGCAUAAUAAAAGUCUACGGAACUUAAACAACAGUCGUAAUUUAUUUGAACAACAGUUAGAGUCCUACCAACAGUCACUGCUUGAACAGCAGCAAAACACUUUGAGAGAAUUCAAUAAACAGCUAAUGAAAGAGAUUGAAGUGGAUAAAAAUGUUGUCAAUAAUGAAACAAAUGGAGUUAAUGGAUUAGACAGGAGUGAAAGUCUUUCAACAGUUGAUAGUCUUGAAGACGGAGAUACAAAUGAAACACUGCGUGAAAGUUGUGACCUCAAUGCGUUUAUGACACAAAAAAACGAAGAUAGUAAUUUUGCUAAUGGUGCCAAAAAUGUGACUUUUGCUGGUGAUCAGAAUCAAGCAAUAAAAAUAUAUGGAAAUAAUUCACAUAUUGUACACAGUGCAGUAAAUAUGGAACCUCAGAACAUUGAUUCCUACAACUCUCAAGCUUUGCAAGCUCCCAAUCAAAGAUCUGAGGAGCAGAAACAACAGUUUUAUAUUCAGAGACAGAAAGAAAUCCAAUUACAGUUGCAAGAACAACAACAAAAGCAGAUGUUGUUGCAGCAAAAACAACAGAAAGAACUGCAGCAGAAAGUUUUGGAGCAGCAACAGAAACAACAGCAGUUGCUGCAGCAACAAUAUGAACGACAAAAACAGGAAGAAUUAGAGAAGCAACGACAAGAACAUCAGCAGCAACAAGCUGCUGUUUCCAUGGCAACAACAGCUUCUGACUAUGCAAGCAGUGAAGAAGGGAAGGAAAAUCAGAGACCCAAAGUUCAGAUGAAAGCAUGGGCAACUCCGUCGCCCCACCCACCUCCUCCGGCCAGUACUGUUAUCACUACAGCACAAACAUAUGUUACACAUGCAAGUCCAUACACAGGCAAGAAUACACACACGAAUAUGACGGUUCCCAUGGUGACCUCUAAUGAUCAGAUUUCAAAUUCUAAUACACCAUUUAGUGUUAACAGCAACUCUAGUGUGUCUCAGACAAACAGUUCGAGUGCAACACGUUUAAAUGACAAGAAUGUGCAAGGAAACACAGAUGUAAACAAAAGAGAAUAUGUUAAUUCACCAAGUACUCAAGACAAAAGCCUAUCCUUCUUGGAAACAGUAACCUAUGGAUUAUCUGUAACACCAGAUUCUAACAGUACCAAUUCUACACCAACCACUGUCCCAAAGAACCAAUCAAAUAAUGGUGUAAGUGAUGUGAAACCCACACAACAAGCUUCCAAAACAAAUGGAAAUUCUGGUGCUCCAACUAAACAAUCUACAACGUCGGCUAAUGUUCCGAAAACCCCAAUUCAUGCUGGUUAUUACAAUUCUUAUGGUGCUGCUUACUCUGCUAGACAACAGUUAACAAAUGGCACUAACAAUAAACACGCAGUCAAAGAGUCUGCAGGUACUGUUACAACACAAGCUGGUACAGCAAAAAUGAAUGGAGAAGUUACCUGGGGUUUACCGGAAGAAUUGGCAGGACACUUGAAGAUGAUGACAACCGAACCCAUAAUGAAUGGAGACGAUACCGGAGACACAGAUUCUGUCAGUACUAUCUGUGAAGAACGGGAACCAGAACCUAAAGAUGUGAAGAGCAUUUUAAAGCGGACAGGAAGUGGCAAGAAGACUGGGGGAAUUCUAAAGAAAUCUGGUUCCACGGGCAAUAUGAAGGAGAUACGUGACAGCUUGGAAAUUACACGUGUACACCUGCAGACUAGUGCUGAAGAAAAGGAACAAAGGAUGCUAAGAGAGAAGGAACGACUUAAAAAUCCACCACCAACGCCUACAAAGAAGAAUGUAAGAUUUGCAGAUCUAUGCUAUGAUGAUGAACCAGAACAGAGUGGAGAGGGGGACAGUAAACUGUUUGUGAAGAGAAAUAAUGAUGCAGUGAGCCACAAGCCAUCAAGGCCAGUAUCAGCAGUUACAACAAAGACUUUAUCUCCAAAGAUAGAUAGUAAGCCCCCUCGAGCCUCAAGUGCUAGUACUGUUCGAACAAGCACCAUUCCACGUGCAAAAACACAGAUUGUACGACCCCAGGCUGCAGCUCAUAUCAUUACACAAAGUACACAAAAUCUGGACAAUGUUAACGAGAAAGUUACCGUUGUAAAUAAUAAUUUUAUGGAGAAAGUUCCGGCUAUGGCAAGAGCCAAUCAAUCAGACGUCAGUCUAUGCUAUGAAUUCUGUGAGUUACACACAUCACAACAGAAAGUGAACUAUGCUGUAUCAAGUAUUGUGAUGCCUAAGAGUGAAAGUGCCCCGUUUAUAUAUCCUGGUUAUAACAAGCAGGGUCCAGUCCCUGCAGGCAGUGUAAACGGUCCCUCUCAGGGAGGGAACAGUUCUAAAUAUGAUUGUGCUGUGUAUAAUGAAAAUGGUUUACGAAUUGAUCGGACCCCAACUGAUGAUGAGAUCAACUUUUUAUGGGACAAAUUACGUAACUGUCUCAGUAGGAAUUCCCAAGCAACGCCUGAUGGGGUUCAAACUGAUGGCCAGACAGGGGGCUCACGUCAGGCAGCCCCAGUUGCACAUACAUACAUUGAUGGAAAUGCUUUAGGCCAGUUCAACAGUUUAAAUAGGGUAGCCCAACAACCAGGUCACAAUAGCAAUACCAGUCUUUCAUUACGUAGACAGAACUCUCUUGAUAGUGCACCUAAUUCAUACACACGACGUUACGGUCUGCUACAACAGCGAAAACAACAACCAAACCCAAACAGUCUUAAGUCACGACAACAAGAACAACAGCAGCAGCAGCAGGGUUACACUGUGUACCAGGCUCCGGUACAAAGUAACUCAGAACCUCAACCUUCUGGGCCUAUUAUUAAUGGUGCUGAUGUGACAGAGAGUAUGGCAGGGUUUCUGGCGGCGGAGCAGUUAGCAGAUCAGUCUGUAUCUGAGAGUAGAAUACAUCAAGCUAUGGAGGAGGCCCAGUCUCGACAACUUGCCUAUAAUACUGCUAGACCUCAACCUAAAGUAAAGUCAGCGCUUUCAGUAGAGGAACAGAGGUUAAUGGAAUCGUUAGAUAGACUAAAUGACAAACUUAAAACUGCUGAAGGUGUGUCAGAUAUGAGCCCACAGAGUCAGCCUGCGCCACAACAGCAACAGCAACAGCAGCCAGUGCGACAGGUUGCUGUACAUAGAUCAUCAUUUCUUACUGCAGAUGGAAAGGAGGAAAUUAAGUCGGAAGAAGAUUCUGUGAGCGGUUUCAAAGGUCACACACCAAUUACUCAGAGAAGAGUGAUAGAAGCCGGAAACCACAGAGCACGAUUGAGAAUUACAUCUGCUCAUCUCAAACAAAACAUUCAUAGACAUCAGUAGAAGCCGAAAACCAUAAAGCUCGACUGAGAAUUACAUCUGCUGAUCUCACAUGGACAUUAAUUUACGUAAACAAUUCAAAAACAAAUAUUUUGAAAGUCACCGACUAGAAAACAUUCAAAGAUAUCGAGGUUUGGGCUUGGAGUGGAUGUGUACAGCUGAAUUUGUAAACAUAAAGACAAAUCCAACAUAUGUGCCUGUAUGGCACUGAAUAGACAUUAAUAGAAGUAUUUCAUGGAACAAAAUUUUUCACAAUAAUUGACGAAAAGUGCAGAUUUUUAUUUUGAAUUUAAAAAUCUGGAACAUUCAGUUUAUUUCACUGAUGUCUUUGCAUUUUAUAGAAUAGAAUUGAAUGCAAGUAACAUGUAUGAAUAUAAGUGAUUUAUUUUACACAAGUCUGCUGUUACAAAGUAUUUUUUCAAAAAUUGAAAGAAAACAGUCAGCUGCUGUGAGCAUGUAAAAUGUACAAUAUUUUAUUUCCAAGCCUUGUGCACAUUUGAAUAAAUGAACUCUUGAAACCAUUUUAAUUACUCAGUAGGUUCAUUUUAAGAGACUUCUAGAGAUAUUUUUCUUGCAGUUAACACUGAAAACAAGCCUUGAAUGUUCUUCAGUUUCGUUUUUCGGUAAGAACAUUUGCAUACAUUGAAGAUAUGUGAGGUGUAUAGGUAGUGUUAUUCAAUUUCCUCGUUCAUUUUCAACUUGAAAUAGAGCAUGUCAAGUUAGCUCUGUUGGAAGAGCACAAAAAUGAAUUGGGAGAAUGCAAGUUUGAUAUCUAGGCAAGAUGAACGAUUAAAAGAACAACGCCUUCAUGCUGGGAAAGUUGUUGGUUACUUCUGGAGAACAAGUCCAUACAGAAUCCAGGGUGACUGGUUGUAUAAGCUAACUGCUGUUAUCUAUCUGAAAUUCUGGUGAAUCUGGUGUUAAACCCAAAUCAAACUAACAAAUCUAGACUUGUUAAAUCUUUGACUGGUCAGUUCUUUUUCAUUGGCUGUUAAAUGGUUUAUACCUUAUUUUUCUGAAAGAUAUUUUGUGAUCAUCAUAAGAUCAGUUUUCCUUUAAAUAUCUCUGGUCGGGAUAACAUUAUCAUUACAUAAACAUGAUAUUAGCCUCAACACAAUUUAUCAAUCUGUAAACAAAAUCACAUUAUAUUGGGAGCAUGCAAAAAAUCACAAAAGAGGAUAGCUGUAAUGUUUGGCUGCAAGUUUUUGCUUGUAUUCCUAGAGUUUUGUGUCAACAGUGUUUGUUUAGUGUCAUGUUAGAGUGCAAUCUCUUCACAUUUCUUGUUUAAUCCAAAGCAACAGAUAUCUCUACCUCAAACAAGACAUUGGUACUUCUCAUGUCCAUAUACCUUUCUAUUAUCUCAUUUUUAUGUAGUUAUUAAAAAAUUGCUUUGCUGUAUCCUGGAAAUUAUGUAUUCAGUUUGUUAGUGUAUCUGUCACUAAUAAGCCAUUCAGUGAUUAAAAAGUAAGAAAAUUUCAAAAUUUAUCAAACAGUAAAUUGAUCUAAACUUUAUCUUGAGAAAUACAAAACUUACUGUAUUGUUUAUUUCUUUGGACUGAAGAUUAUCUUUCUGAUGUAGACAAUUGUUAAUCAUAGAGAAAGUUCAUUAUGGUUAAGCAAACAGCUACACAUUGUAUUAUUCUACAGAGAUGUGCAUGACAAUAAGUAAUGUCCAGGCUAUUCAGGGAAAGACUUCCUGUGACCAGAUUAUGUGUAGUAUACAUGAUCAGAUGAAUGUAUGACAUUUGUUGAAAGUUGCCUUUUUUUCUUGCAUCAUAGAAAAUGGCAAUUUUCACAAAAUUCCGUAGGGAUAGGCUACUUGCAAACAUGCAGGGGCGUAGGGACGAUUUGAGCAUUGGGGCGGCGGAGAGGGGGGGGGUUGGGAGGUGGGGUCCCCCUCCUUUGAACGGGGUCCGGGGUGGCCCCGGGAAAAUUUUGCAUAUAGCUAGAGUAAAUGGUGCAAUCUGGCGACUUCUUGAACUGCUCAGUAUCUGUUGAACAUACUCGUUUCUUUUUUCGAGUUUUCACCCCUAUUUACAGUUUACUAUGUUUAAACACUGUAAUGGCGGCACGAUGUUAGAUAGGACAAUGUCUUGCCAGGGUAAAACCAGUAAUUAAUCUAAGUAGGGGAUCGAGCACAAUACCCUGACUUAAAGAGGUAAUCCAAUCCUUGUGGCAUUUUAGUCAUUAAAUGACAUUAUAAAGGUAAAACGCAGUUCCCUGUUUAGGGUUGAAUGAACGGAGUUCGCGAAUCUUUUAACUAAAUGAUCGAUUCGGAAAUGCAAAAUUGCGAGGCUGAUUGGCCUUUUAUAUUUUUAUGUAGAAGCUGUAAUACUUGUUAAUUUAAUUAGAUCUGUAAGAUCUAUGAGGACUUUUCUACAUUUUAUGCGUUGAAUUUAAUCAUUAUCAUUUGUGCCUUUGAUUUUCAAACAAUAUGUUUAAGUGUCAAAAAUAUUUAAUAUAUUUUAUGUAAAGACAUCUAAAGAUCUCGAUUUGCGUUUGUGUUUUACCAGGAAGGUCUAAUACGUAUCAGUUGUUCCAGGUUUUACUCAAGAUACUUUCCUUUGUCGGCAGAAUUUGAUACACAGCAUUAAUAGCAAUUUUGGCAGUAAGCAGUUAAAUACAAUUAACUUUCAUUAAUUAAAUUAAUGUAUUGCCUAUAAUCCGAGUCUGCGUUGCGUGAAAAUACAGCGACCUUGGUCGUUGCGGAUUAUCGAUUUUGUACAAUACCAUGUCACCAAGGUGAUCUAGCAAGGUGUCAGUGAUAUGACAAGAUUUUGUGUACAUAUCAGUCGCCGAUGCACUUCAUGAUAAAUGGAAGACCGCUGUAUUUAUUUUCAAUUAUAAUUUCUAGCCUUUCCAAAAAUUUACGAGUUCGGCAUUUCGCCGCUCCUCGAAAUAUUGGGGCGGCAGGUGCCGCCCCUGCCGCCCAAGCUCCUACGCCCUUGACAUGUUGCAAUAUAUUUAUUUUAAAAAGUUGAUCUGCUCUGAAUUAAAGGUAUCGGUAUGAAUUGCAUCCUUUCCAGUUAGAAAGUUUUGAAUUAAUCAAAUUUCUUUAUCAGCAAUAUAUCAAACAAUUAGCAUUUUGUAAAACUUUCUGUGUUGUUACUGUACUGGUCAAGUUUCCCAGUAGAAAUAACUUUGGAAGUUUCUUUUUUUUUCUCUGCAAAGUAACAUCUGUUUUGAAUUGGUAAAUGCAUAGUAGUUACAUGAAUUCACCAAGUUUUCCAUAACUUCAUAUACAGUCUUUAGGCUUAGAUAGGUAUUAAACUAAAUUGUUAAUUUAGAUUAGGAAAAUAAAUUGUUAAAUUAUGCUUUAUUCCACAGUUAAUAUGUUACAAAUGUUUUUAUAUGUACAAUUUGACAUUCCAUCCAACAAACUAUUGUGAUAUGUAAUAUGAUAUUUUAUUUUUUGAGUUUUAAUAUUUCAGAUCAUGUUGAUCAUUUAUUGCUUGUAAAUUUUUAGUCUACUGAAUUAAAUUUCCGUCCAA